AUGCUGGAUAUAAGUUCAAACACUUUCAAGAAUCCAUUUCCUUUGUUACCAAAAUCUGUUAUAUAUUUUUCAGCUUCUGAUAAUCAGUUUUCAGGAGAGAUUCCGAAGGUAAUAUGCGAGCUGGAUUCUCUUGGCAAACUUAUUUUAUCCAACAACAACUUCAGCGGUUCUAUACCUCGGUGUUUUGAGAAUUUCAAUACUAAGCUUACAGUCUUGCAUCUUCAGAAUAACAGCCUCUCUGGUAAUUUUCCGGAGGAAUCUGUCAGUGUUGGCUUGGUUUCACUUGAUGUUAGUCAUAACCAGUUAUCAGGAGAACUUCCCAAGUCUCUGAUUAAUUGCACUUACCUCCAGUUUCUAAACGUUGAAGACAACAUGUUCAAUGACACGUUUCCUUUCUGGUUGAGAGUGUUGCCUGGUUUGCAGUUUCUUGUCCUUCGUUCUCACGAGUUCCAUGGGCCAAUAUUUUCCCCAGAGGGUUCUUUGAGUUUCCCUAAGCUGCGAAUCUUUGACAUUUCUAAAAAUCUCUUCACUGGUGUAUACACUCCAGAUAAUAAACAGCAAAGGUUUAUAGGAGUUAGCUUUUCAAACUAUAGUAAGUCAGUGGUUCUGACUAACACAGGUUCAAAGAUGGAAUUGCUCGGUAUUAGUUUUAAUAUCUACAAAACCAUCGAUGUCUCAGAAAACAGAUUCGAAGGAGAAAUCCCCAAAUCCAUCAGUUUACUCAAGGAACUAAUUGUGCUCAACAUGUCAAGCAACGCUUUCGUAGGCCAUAUUCCACCAUAUUUGUCCAACAUGACCAAUCUCCAGUCACUAGAUCUAUCCAGAAACAGAUUAUCAGGAAAAAUCCCACUGGAGCUCGAGAAACUCGCGUUUCUGGCGUGGAUGAACUUCUCUUACAACAUGCUCGAAGGUCCAAUACCACAAGGCACUCAGAUUCAAAGCCAGAAUAGCUCUUCAUUCGGACACCGCCCGUAG